GUCAUACUAUUUGCGCAUUAGGUGAUGCAGCUGCAUGGCCAGUUCAAGGAUUAAUUCGUCAUUUCAGGCCGGAGCUUGAAGCUCGCAUGAAAUUAUAUGCAUCUACUCAUGAUGAAAAAGAAUUAUCAAAAUUUUCAUCUGCAGCACCUGGUCUUGAUAGAUAUACUUUAUCGAUGGUUUAA